AUGUCUUCACGGCUUCUUCCUUUUUUUUUCCUUCUUUGCUUUUUUUCUCUUUCUUGUUGUUCCCGUUGUUGUUGUUGUUCUUCUUCUUCUUCUUCAAAAACUUCUCCGCCUCCUCCUCCUCCUUCCUGUUCCUCUUCCUCUUCUUCUUCUUCUUCAAUACUUCCUCCUCCUCCUCCUUCCUCUCCUUCUUCAAAACUUCCUCCUCCGCCUUCUCUUUUUUCCUUUUCUUCUUCUUCUUCAAAAACUCCUCCGCCUCCUUUUUCCUCCCCCUCCUUCUUCUUCUUCUUCUUCUUCUUCUUCUUCUUCUUCUUCUUCUUCUUCUUCUUCUUCUUCAAAACCUCCUCCUCCUUCCUCUUCUUCUUCUUCAAAACUUCCUCCUCCUCUGCCUCCUCAUUUUUUUUUUUUUCUUCUUCUUCUUCUUUCAUACUCCCUUUGAAUAUUGUCUCCCUUUCUCUUCAUCUUCGAAUUCUUCCUUUCCACCUACCCGCUUUGAAUUACUUCCCUCUUUCUUUUCUCUCUCUUUUCUUUCCCGUUCGCCUUACACUCACAUUGAAUAUCCUCUGCCACUCUCGCUGUCUUUCUUGUAUUUCUUCUCCUCACACUUUUUAUAAAUUUCUUCUCCCAUUCUCGUUUUCUCUCUGUAAAUUCGAUUUUUCCUUACACUUCUCCCCAUCUUCUUUUCUCUCUUCUGCUACUAACCACAUCUCUCCUCCUCCUUUUCUUUCUCUCUUUCCGCAUAUGGCGUCCCUACAGGUUUUCUCUUUACUAUUCCCGUUCUUCCUCUUCAUCAUCCUUCUCCUCCACCUCCUCCUCCUAUUCUUCUUCUUCUUCUUCUCCACCUCCUCCUCCUCCUCCUUCUUCUUCUUCUUCUCCAUCUUCUUCUUCUUCUUCUUCUUCUUCUUCUUCUUCUUCUUCUUCCUUUCCCACGCGAUGACCACGGUUCUUACCCACACAUUUCUUUUCGUUUUCUUGGUGUUGCCUCGUAUCUAUCUAUCUAUCUAUCUAUCUAUCUAUCUAUUCAAGGAUAAGGUGUACUAG